AUGGCGUUUUGGUGCUUUGUGGCUUUUGAAUAUUUGUUGUACUACUUGGAUUAUUUGACCUUGUUUUAUUUAUUCCUUAUCUUCAGUGCGCUACCAUUUGCAUGUGUAUCAGAAGUCAAUCAAUUUCUGAUUGGUUUAUUGGCAAUUCAACGAUUCUUCGUUUAUUUCUAUCCGAGCACCGAGAAAUACUUGAAUUUCUCCAGAAGAACGGUGAACUGGAUUCUGGUAGUUGCCUAUGCAUGUUCAAUUUCAGAAGGUAUUUUUCUAUUGAAAACAAGCUCAGAAAAAGAACCAAAUUUAUCAAUAUCUGCUAUGGAAGAUAAUUACUCAGUUCUCAGUUACGUUUAUAAUUUAUCCCUCCAGGCAUUUUUAACUGCCUCUGCUUUAUUAUACAUCCCAAUAUUUUUUCUAUUCUAUGCCUUGUAUGGAGUGUUAGACAAUGAAGAUAAACCGUUUCUUCGAAUUUCUGCAGCAAUUGAAUGUUCAAAAAUUUUCGACGCUUUGCUGAUGCCAACAAUCACUCAAAUCACAUAUCUUGGAUGUAAUAGGAGGAAUGUGAUGGCUUUAUGGAAGACGGUUAAGCCCAAAUGGUUUUUCAAAAGUUCUAGAAGAAUCGAUUCGGAUGUUCGAGUUCAAUACGGGCAGAGAGUUGAGACCACACUUUAG